UCGCGCAGCCUCUAGCUGUCCCCGCCCGCUCGACAGCAGCAGCUCCUCUCGAGCCCGUGCGAGCAGCGGCGGCGCAGGCAGCUCCGGCCAGCGCUCGGCGACGAGGAUGCCCAGCCCGGCACCUCCGCAGUGCUCCCGCUCCGCCCCGGCAUGCCCGUCACAGGAGGAGCUGUGAUCAGGUCGGGACUUUCCGAGUAAGAAGAGCCCAUUCUUGCUCUGAAGCAGCCAAGUCGUGCCUCUUGCUUCUUGCCGGGAUGAAGAGGCAUCUCCAGAGACGGAGGAUGGAUCUGGGAUGCUGCCAGUGAAGCGCCACCGAGGAGCGCCUGAUUCCUACCCCUGUUCACCAUCCAUGGAGUGGCAGAGCCGAGAUCCUUGACUGGGCUGGGCAGAGCCCUCCCAACUUUUGCUCCUCCGGCUCACCAUGGGGUGGAGGCAUCUCCUGUUGCUUCUGCCUCUUGCCCUGUACGCCUUGGCACUGCUGCUAACCACACAGGCAGCUGGGCCCCUACGGACACCCAAGGGCAACCGGACACAGGGGGCAGCAGCCCCCCGACGACCUUACAAGCCGGCCAAGGAGCAACAGAACCAGACGCUAGCCAGCACACCACCAUCUCCUGUGGCAGCUGGUAGUGGGGGAAACCGUGGGCGCAGUCCAGCAAGGGUGCCCUCCAACGUCAGCGCAGGCAGCUCUGUGCCAGCAUAUGAGACAUGCAUGGGCUACUACGAUGUGAGCGGGCAGUGGGACAAGGAGUUUGAGUGCAACAAUUCCCAGAAGGAUUUCCGCUACUGUUGCGGCACCUGCUAUUACCGCUUUUGCUGCAACAAGCGCUCUGAGAAGCUGAAUCAGGAUAGGUGCCGGAAUCAGGGCCCGCGCCCCAACACAGAUCUAAUGACCCCUGCCACCAGUAACGAUGGAGCUGGAGGUAUACCCAAUGGGUAUGACCCAAAUGAGGACAACACGAAUGCCACCGUCUACAUUUCAUGUGGUGCCAUUGCCUUUGUUGUCAUUGCAGGCAUUUUUGCCAAGGUGGCCUAUGACAAAGCACGGCAGCCACCGCAGGAGAUGAACAUCCACAGGGCUCUGGCCGAUAUCCUCCGGCAGCAGGGACCAAUCCCCAUAGCACACUGUGAAAGAGAGACUAUCUCGGCUAUAGAUACCUCCCCCAAAGACAACACACCAAUCAGAACAUCCUCCAAAAAUCACUAUACGCCGGUGCGCACCUCCAAGAGCAACCCAGGUCACUAUGGAAAGGAUAUUUAUCGAAGCGGAGGUCCAGAUUUCCAUAAUUUCAUCUCCUCUGGGUUUGUCACGUUAGGAAGAGGACACAGCAAGGAUGACCAAGAGCAAAAUUAUAACCACCUGAUAUUAGGCACUACAAACCAGACACCUUCCAAUGAAAAGCCACGGAUGAACAGCAUCCUGACCUCUGCCACUGAGCCCUAUGAUCUGUCCUUCUCCAGGUCUUUCCAGAACCUCUCCCACCUCCCACCAUCCUACGAGUCUGCAAUCAAGACUAACCCAAGUAAAUAUUCUUCCCUGAAGAGAUUAACCCCUGCAAGAGAUACAUCACAGGAGGCUUCUGCUCAUCCCUUUAACUCUAGCAGUCUGAUGGUCACUGCAAGAUCCCCUUGGACUAACUGUGCUUUCCAAACUGACAAGGAAGCUGAGGAGUAUUACUCCAGAAAGAGGCACCUCCCAGACUUGGCAGCCAGAGGGACCCUCCCUCUCAACGUCAUCCAGCUCUCCCAGAAACAGACCACUCAGAGGGAGCGGCCGCGCCGCGUGAUGCGAGCCAUGUCCCAGGACCGAGUGCUGUCCCCAGAGAGGAUCAUGCCGGAGGAGUUCAGCAUGUCUUACGAGCGGAUCCUCUCUGACGAACAGCUGCUAUCCACCGAGCGCCUCCACUCCCAAGACCCGCUGCUGUCUCCAGAGCACUCAGGUUUUGGAGAGCAGUCUAUGUCGCGGGCUUUGUCGCACUCAGACGUCUUUGUUUCGACGCCUGUCUUGGAUCGCUAUCGGAUGACUAAGAUGCACUCCCAUCCCAGUGCCUCAAAUAACUUGUACAACACCUUGAGUAUGAACCAAACGUCUGCCAAGCGCCAGGCCUUUGCCUCCCGGCGGCACAACACAGUGGAGCAGCUACACUAUAUCCCAGGGCACCACCACCAUUACCGCACAGCCAGCAAGACAGAGGUGACUGUUUGAUCAGAGACACUGUGCAUUGUAGAUAAUCCAUCUAUGGACCAGGGUGGCUUCAGUGCCCUACACUGCAGUGGCCUUAUGGCCAAGUUAACCUCUAACUCUAUGUCUGAAAAGACAGACUCUUCCGACAGUCCUGUCUGUGUUGUUUUGGAAAUUCAUCUACAUGUUAUUGACAUAAAGAGGAAAAAACAAAACCUGAACAGGGAGAGGUGAUGCAGGUAAGGUGUCCUGACGUGCCCAGUUUCUGUCAAGGAAAGCCAUUCAGAUUAUGGCUCUUUUCAAGGGCUUGCCUGCAGCUACUCUCUAGCGUUGCCAGGCUAGGACUUUAAGACAUACUGACAACAAUCUCACACAAAAUUGGCGUAAUAUGGCCAAAUCGACAAACCUUCCAAUCCGGUGUAAUGGGAUUCAGUUGUGACCUUAGUGCUUGACAGAGGUCUAGUUUUACCAGGACUGUCAGCUGCAGUCAUGACUGAGGCCGGUUCCAGCCAAGGUCCAUUCUCUAAGACAGAAAGUAAAAACUCCAGUCCACCUAAGCAUGGUUCUUCCAGGUCAUUGGGCAAAUUCCAGUGGCAAGCACUGUUACCCAACUCCUAGACUGAAUGACAAUGCCUGCCACGGUUGGAAAACCACAUUGUUUUACAGGUAACUGUAGAACAGAACUAUUCCAGUGCCUAUAAGAUUGCCAACCUCCAGGGUGGUAGAAGGAGUGAGGUGGAUUUGUUUAUAAGCACAAUUCUGCUGAUAGGUGUUUGCCAGCCCCCCACUUCUUCCAUCCAUCCUCAUGUAUGUAAAUUCCCAACAUGUAAAUAUAUUUUUUUAAAA